GCGGGCUUUUGCAAGGCUGCGCCCGCGGGCGCCUGCCCCGACCUCUCGCUCCGCGGCGCGUUUCUGGUGGAAGAGCGGGAUUGCAACGGGGGGGUCUCUCUCACUGGGGGUGCCCCCCCGCCCCAACUAGCAGCCUUGCGCGCACACGGACCGCCUCCUCCUCCUCCAGCGUCGGCAGGUGCGGAGAGAGCCAGCAACGCCCCGGCGGACCACGCGUGUCCGCGAACCUCCUGCCUCCCUCUCUCCCUCCGCGGUCGCCGCAGCGGCAGCGGGGGGGGAAGGAGGGGAAGGGAGGGGAGGGCUGCUUGAUCCGCGCCCGCGGUGCCCUUGAGCGGCGCCGGGCCGCGAGGGCGGCAGGGCGGCGAGGCCAGGCGAGGCGAGCGGGCGCCCGCGGCCACCCCCCCCCUCUUCCCGCGGCGGCGAUGAUGGCGAGCCGGGGCCCCGGGUGGUGGCGGCGGCGGAGGCGGCGGCGGCGGCUCUAAGCGGCGGCGGCGAGCGGCCUCGGCGGCCCCCAGCGUCCCUUGUCGGAGGAGCCCUCGGAUGCGGGCGGACCGUCCAGCCUGGAGAGAUGGGAGAGUGGACCAUUUUGGAACGGCUGCUGGAGGCUGCGGUGCAACAGCACUCCACCAUGAUCGGGAGGAUCCUGCUGACGGUGGUGGUGAUUUUCCGCAUCCUGAUUGUGGCCAUCGUGGGCGAGACGGUGUACGAGGACGAGCAGACCAUGUUCAUGUGUAACACGCUGCAACCCGGCUGCAACCAGGCCUGCUACGACAAGGCCUUCCCCAUCUCCCACAUCCGCUACUGGGUCUUCCAGAUCAUCCUGGUUUGCACGCCCAGCCUCUGCUUCAUCACCUACUCCGUCCACCAGUCGGCCAAGCAGCGCGACCGGCGCUACUCCUUCCUCUACCCGCUGCUGGAGAAGGAGGCGCUCUGCGAGGGCAAGAAGGUGAGGAACGUCAACGGCAUCCUGGUGCCCAACCCGGACGGCUCCUCCAAGGAGCCCGACUGCCUAGAGGUGAAGGAGAUCCCCAGCACCCCGCUCAGGCCCCCCAAGAGCGCCAAGGUCAAGCGGCAGGAAGGCAUCUCACGCUUCUACAUCAUCCAGGUGGUUUUCCGCAAUGCCUUGGAGAUCGGUUUCCUGGCUGGGCAAUACUUCCUGUACGGCUUCAACGUGCCGGCCAUUUUCGAAUGCGACCGCUACCCUUGCGUGAAGGAGGUGGAGUGCUACGUGUCUCGGCCCACCGAGAAGACCGUCUUCCUGGUGUUCAUGUUCGCCGUCAGCGGCAUCUGCGUCCUUCUCAACCUGGCCGAGCUCAACCACCUGGGCUGGCGCAAGAUCAAGACGGCCAUCCGGGGGGUGCAGGCCAGGCGCAAAUCCAUCUGCGAGGUGCGGAAGAAGGACUUGUCUUCCUUGGCCCAAGUGCCUACUCUGGGGCGGACUCAAUCCAGCGAGUCCGCUUACGUCUGAGCACGCCGGGCGCUGCGCCGUGCAGGCCCUCGGCCGAGGGGACACCACCAAUGCAAAAAAACCCCACACCUGACCAGUGUACCUCCCAGGUUAACGAUGCAAUAUUCAGUGGGUGCUUUUUGGCCCCUUCCUCCAUCGCAGGGGGAGGAGAAGGGGGCCUCCAAAUCGCUUUAAGGGCCGGUGGGAGAUCGGCUGAGGAAGGGGGUCCAUCCCUUUUUCCCUCUCCGGCUGGCUUCCGCCGAUGAAUCUCCUCUCCACACAAACACACACACAUACAAGAUCAUGGUGCAAGCCGUCCGUCAGAUGCAUGCAAACGUGUGCCUAGGACUUCUUCGUAUGGACCGGGGUGGGGCGAGGCAUCAGAAGGUGGCUCUUGAACGGGAAGGCAGAGAAAUGGACCUGCUUGCUUGUUUGAGGUAGUUUAUUUAUUGGUAUAUUUUUUUAUUGUUGCAAGAGAACGAAAAAAGGGAGACAGAAAAAGAUAUUUCUGCGCCUCCCUCCCCGUCCCUGGUCUCCAGCCCGGAGAGUGUUUUUUCUCUCAGGCUGCAGCGGUGUAAAUAUUAUGCAGUGUAAUAAACAAGGAAAUGUCAUUUUUUUUUAUAUUAAAAAAAAGAGAGGAAAAAAAGAAAAAAUCAAACCCAGUAAAGAAUGCAAUAAAAAGGAAUGUUUUCUUCUU